AGAAGAAGAAACAACUAUAGCAAAUAUAUUGAGUGAUGAAUGAAUGGCUGACAGACCGGCUUCCAAUACUAGACUCUCAUCGGCUCCGCUCACACCCGUCGCAACCUCCCUAUCUACACCAUUCCGAACCCUCUCCUCCACCACCCUCACCUCCCUCCGCGUCUCUAACCAACAACAAUACAUCCCCUCUCAGAGCCUCACCUCCUCCGCCAUCCGCCCCCUGCUCACCACCAACCCCUUCACAACCCAACAGACCCGCUCGUUCUCCGCUAGUGCCUCGUUGGCCGGAAAGCGCGCCACCUAUAACCCCUCGCGGAGGGUGCAGAAGCGCCGUCACGGAUUCCUAGCUCGGUUGCGGUCACGAGGAGGUCGGAAGAUUAUCAUGCGGAGAAGGGCCAAGGGUCGCAAGUCGCUGAGCUGGUAGAUUGGGUGUUUCUGAUGCCGGUUGUUGUUGCUGCUGCUGUUGGCUGAUUCUGCGUUUAAUUUCAUGUGUGUGCUGUGUACCAUGAACUAUUGCCCUUUGUUUUUUUUUUUUUUUUUUUUU